UUGGAAUCUGUGACCGUAUGGGAUAAUACAAAUUAUUGGAAAAAAGAACGCGGGAGUAUGAACGAAGAUGAAUUUUUAAAAUAUAAACGGGAAUAUGAAGCUCGUCUUGGUAUUCCUACAACUCCAUGCAAAAACGAGUGA